CCGGCACAGUUAAUUUUAAUUGCGACAUUUGACAACACUGUUCUUUACAUAACUGAAGAGAGCAGCAACUUUUUACUGCAUUUGUACAUCAAAAAAUUACAAACAAUGGCUAGCACACAAAAUAAAGACGUCUGCACUAUUUGCGAGAAGGUCGGUCUAAAGCCCUUCACCAAAGAAAACGUUUUCAACUAUUACAUACCAUUGCACGGAGUCGUGAGCUAUGGAGCGCUCAGCGUCAACGUGAUGAAUCCGCAGAUUGUGCCUAAAUUAUUGCCCAAAAAGGAUUUAACAAAUGUUUUCCUAAUUUCCGCAAUCGUCGGCAGCGCCUUCUACAUAUACGGUCGGCCACACUUAAAGGAUAUUAAGAACAACAAACGUGCAGCAUACGCCCUGCUAGGCGCCACACUCUUCAGCAUGGGUUCGGUGCUCGCCUGGGCGUUGAUCAAGUCUGCCUUGCCCAAGGAGAAUGCACUUCUGGCAACGAUCGCUGGCAUCGGCUCUGGUGCUGCCAUCGUUAAAAUUGGCACCGAUUACAUUCGCGAUCUGGACAAGCUAAAGAAGAACUAGAGGGCAAUGGCAAUGGCAAUGGAUAUAUAAUAUUUAAUAUACAUAUAUCCAUAUGUAUAUGGUAAAGGCGAUUUAUGUUGUCUACUAGUUUUUUGUAAAGUGUUUGCCCGAUCUUUAAACGCUCUUAAUUUAUAAUUUACAAAAAUAGUUACGGUCGCAACAUCAAUA